GAACGGCUGCGUGUGACUUGUGUGCCUGUCUCUCCUCAGCUGAGCCAUGGUGGUCCUCGCGCUGUCCCCGAGCCUGCUGCUCCGAGCCCUGGCCCGGGCGGGACGAGCUCCCCGAGCCUGCUGCUGUGCCCUGAGCUCCCGUCGGCUGCACCUCACCGCGCCCAGAAAUGAUGCAGUCAUAAUUUCUGGAAGAAAGCUGGCUCAGCAGAUCAGACAGGAAGCCCGACAUGAGGUUGAACAAUGGGUAGCAGCUGGUAACAAGAGACCCCAUCUCAGUGUGGUUCUAGUAGGAGAAAAUCCUGCAAGUCACUCCUAUGUACUUAACAAAACCAAAGCAGCGGCUGAUGUAGGAAUCAGCAGUGAAACAAUCCUGAAGCCAGCCUCCAUCACUGAAGAGGAGCUGCUUGAUUUGAUUAGCAAGCUAAAUGAUGACACCAAUGUGGAUGGCCUAUUAGUGCAGCUUCCCUUACCUGAGCAUAUUGAUGAGCGAAAGAUCUGCAAUGCUGUGAUCCCAGAAAAAGAUGUUGAUGGCUUUCAUGUGGUGAAUGUGGGGCGCAUGUGUCUGGACCAAUAUUCAAUGCUGCCAGCUACACCUUGGGGUGUGUGGGAAAUCAUCAAGAGAACUGGAAUCCCAACCCUGGGGAAGAAUGUAGUAGUGGCUGGCAGAUCAAAGAACGUUGGAAUGCCCAUUGCAAUGUUGCUGCAUACCGACGGCAGACAUGAGCGCCCUGGAGGUGAUGCAACAGUAACAAUAUCACAUCGCUACACUCCUAAGGAACAGCUCAAGCAACACACGAUUUUGGCUGAUAUUGUGGUAGCAGCUGCAGGUAUUCCUAAUCUGAUCACAGCUGAUAUGAUUAAAGAAGGAGCAGCAGUUAUUGAUGUUGGGAUAAACAGAGUGCAAGAUCCUGUUACUGCGAAGUCAAAACUAGUUGGAGAUGUGGAUUUUGAAGGAGUAAAGAAGAAAGCCAGUUACAUCACUCCAGUCCCUGGGGGAGUUGGGCCCAUGACAGUUGCUAUGCUGAUGAAGAAUACUAUUAUUGCGGCAAAGAAAAUGCUGAAAUCUAAAGAGCUUGAAGCCUUAACUGUUUAAUGGUGGACUUAUAACUUUCAAAAUAACAUUCCAAAUCAACUCCCAAAACCAGGCCGAUAGAAAUGCAAUAUUUUUAUUUAUUGUAUAGAAGUUAAUUCAAUGAUACUUUGAAGUCAUAGAUAUUUAUUUAAAGCAUAAGUAUACAAUCAUUUGUAUACAAAGGCUUUAAGCAGCUAAAUACCCGGGUCACUCCAUCUGUUUAGUUUCUAAUGAUUCCCAGCGAAGUUGGGUUUCUUUAAUAUUUAAACUAGUUACAUUCUGAGAGGUCUAAAACUUGCAGGAUGGAGAAAAUCAGCUGCAAGGGAUUUUAAUGCUAUGACAGUGUCACUUAUACAGGAAUUUAUAGUACACAGGAUAUGUGAAGCUAGCAAGUUGGAAAAAGUAUCAUCUACAGUGAAAGAAUAAUGAUCUUCAAGGUAAAGUGCUUUCAUAGAUCUUGAAAUUUGACCACAUUUACAGGAUUGUUUGCUAGCACUGUUGGACACUAGCUCAAAUCUAGGUAGCAUUGAAUCCUGCUAAGACAUCUUAUAAGCGCAAACAAGUUGAAAGCUAAACAGUUCUCCCAGCUAUUGGUAUGUAGCUAGACCAAUAUUCAGUACUGAGGCACAAUGCGACUAUUUUUCUUUAGCCAAAGAACAGAGGUGGCUGUUGGCUCUGCAUUGGAUGUGAUAUUUUCCACUACACUGUGAGACCUGAAAAUGCUUAGUGAAUAACCCAGGCUAACUUUGAUUAAAAAAUAAUUGAAAAAAUAAUUGCUUGGUCUCAGAAUAAUUAGGAUGGGUGAGUAACAGCCCAGAUGUUAUGUUUUUGAACAUAUAGCCUGCCAAUUAAAUUGCUGCAGGGCAUUCGAUCUGUAUAUAGUUGCCUUGGAUAAUUUCUGGUCUGGUAUUACUCAAAAGCUACUUUUAAAUUCACUACUGUUUUGGUGUAUCACUUUCCUAAAAAGAGCUGGGAUAGCUGUUUUCCACACAGCUAAAUCACUUGACUUUGUUUCUGGUCAGAGACAGCCAUUACACCAAAUGGUUUGGUUGUCUAUUCUGGACCAGUCAUUUGAUUGCAAUUACUAAACUCACUUCCACUUUUGUCAAAGAAGCAGACUGCUGUGUGUGUGUGUGUGUUUUUUUUUUUUUUUAAGGAGAUAGCUUCCAACUUUGUUUCAAAGUACAAGGUCAGCUGUAGUUGAAGCUGCUGCAGCAGAAAUGAAUUGUAGUUUAAACUCAUUUCUGCUGCUUAUCUCUGUGUUGCACCAAAAUUUGCAGAAUAGCUUCUUCAAUGCUAUCAGUACAAAAGGGACUUUUAAAGUUUCUUACCAUUUAUAGUGGACUGCAGCUUCAUAUGAAGUAGGAUGAAGAAGAUUGGUUUUACAUUUCUUUCUAGACACUUUCCUCUACAGCAAGUCAUGUGUUUCUUCUGAAGGCAAAGCCUCAAGUGUCCUGGAAAGUAGUUUGAAACAAAACCCGCUCCUGCUGCCAAAUCUCUUAAGAGGAAGAGAGACCUUUGUUGUGAGCAAAAAAAAAUAUAUAUAUAUAAAAUCACUUGCUGCCUUACCUGCUGGAGCUGAGAGCGCCUCCAAGAAUUGAAGGCUUGUCUCAUUGUAAACUACUGUGCUGGUAGGCCCAACAACACCAUUAGUCAUAUAAGUGUUACCUGGAUUUCACCACCACCUCCACUAGACUGGUCUUAGCAGGUUGUUGUAUAGGAGGGAUGCAUUUUUGAUGAGUGAAAUUCUGGAAGUUAAGAUUUAGGUUUGUAUCAUGAACACACCACAAAGUGAAGAGAAUUUAAUGAGAUUUAUUGGAUUGUUAAUGAAAUGUAAAAUAGCUACUGUAUUUAGUAGCAAAUAGACUGCAAGUCUGGUACUCUUCAAAUCACUUUGCAUAUACAAAAGUGUAAACAGCCUGUGACAUUGAAAACUGCAUGGAUUUAAUUAAAACAAACUGUACUGUAUAGCUUCCUUGAUUUAAAAGUCAAGCAUAUUCUCGUGCUACAUGAACACUUAACUGAGUCAACAAAGCCUUUUCAAUUUGCUUUGUACAUUGAAACUGAACAGACAUAUUGCAUAAAGUAGAUCAACCUUUUAAAAAGUAAUUAAGCUUGUAAGCCUAUCAUGCUUUAGCUACCACAGACAAGACUGAUACAAAAUAAACUAGAAAAUAUACAGAACCACCUUUAAGUUCAAAUAGUUUUUACCUUAACAUGUAAUAAUUAAGUGUCUGUCACUUAACUGUCAACUGGAGUAAUACUGUUUUAUUAAUCUCACAUUCAAAAACAGUCUUGCUGGGUACUCAAGCUAGAAAAUACUAUAAAUAGGAAACUGAAUUCAAGUUUUCUUUUGUUGGAUUUCACUUAAAUAUUUACAAAGAACCAGCAUCUGUUUCAUUCUAAGGUUCAAAGCAGUUGCAAUAUUUAACCAGCAUUCCAGAACCCCUGCAGAGUGGACUUUGUCAGAAACAGGACUCUUUUAUCCUAAAAAACCAUGAAGCCUGCUCUUAAAGAUGCAUGCAGGUGGAAUUUAUAACAAAACACUGAGGACUUGUUCUUUGCAGCAAUCUUAAAUGGCUGAUAUUUUUUCCAUUUCUUUCUGAACUUGGCUUACAAUUGCAUUUUUUCUAAAAAAAAUAAAAACCCUCAAGACAA